AUGAAAUAUCAUCUUUACUUUUCCAGGGAGGAAGCAGCCAUUAGAGAACUUGUAGGUGUUACUAAAGACACUAGAAGUGGUGGUCCUUUAGAAGGAUCACAUGUUCACAUUGCUCACUUGUCUGAUUCAAGUGUUUCCUUAGACCUUAUUAAGGAAGCAAAAAGUGGCGGUGACAGCAUAAGCGUUGAGACUUGUCCCCAUUACUUAGCUUUCUCUUCUGAAGAGAUACCAAAUGGAGAUACUCGUUUUAAGUGUUCCCCGCCUAUUCGUGAUGCAUACAACAAAGACAAAUUAUGGAAGGCUGUAUUGGAGGGACACAUUGACCUGUUAAGUUCUGAUCAUUCACCAACCGUGCCUCAACUCAAGCUUCUUGAGGAGGGUAACUUCUUGAAGGCUUGGGGGGGCAUAUCAUCUUUGCAGUUUGAUCUUCCAGUGACGUGGUCAUAUGGGAAGAAACAUGGACUAACUCUGGAACAGUUGUCGCUAUUGUGGAGCAAGAAACCUGCAAAGUUUGCAGGGAUAAAAUCAAAGGGGUCCAUUGCUGUUGGAAACCAUGCUGAUAUUGUAGUUUGGAAACCAGAAGUGGAGUUUGAGCUGAAUGAAGAUUAUCCUGUUUUCCUUAAACAUCCUGAACUCUCUGCUUAUAUGGGAAGAAGGUUAUCCGGGAAAGUUUUGGAGACUUUUGUGAGAGGAAACCUUGUGUUUAAGCAAGGAAAGCAUGCUCCAGCAGCCUGUGGUGUUCCAAUUCUAGCCAAAUGA